GCAUUUACUCUGAAUUUUCGGGUCAUGGCGGGCAUUGCGUUGAAACGGCUGAUGGCCGAAUAUAAACAGCUGACACUUAAUCCGCCAGUAGGGAUCGUAGCAGGCCCCAUAAAUGAGGAGAACUUCUUUGAAUGGGAGGCCCUAAUCAUGGGUCCUGAAAAUACUUGUUUUGAAUGUGGUGUUUUCCCAGCUAUCCUCAGCUUUCCACUAGAUUAUCCACUAAGCCCUCCAAAAAUGAGAUUUACUUGUGAGAUGUUUCAUCCAAACAUAUAUCCAGAUGGAAGAGUCUGCAUCUCCAUUCUCCAUGCUCCAGGAGAUGAUCCAAUGGGUUAUGAGAGCAGUGCAGAGAGGUGGAGUCCAGUCCAAAGUGUGGAGAAGAUAUUGCUUUCAGUUGUGAGCAUGCUAGCUGAACCCAAUGAUGAAAGUGGAGCCAAUGUAGAUGCAUCCAAAAUGUGGAGAGAAGAUCGGGAGCAGUUUAACAAGAUCGCCAGGCAGACUGUGCAGAAGUCUUUGGGGCUGUAAAGAGCAGUAUUUCACAGGGAUGGAUCUAUCGUAUUAUUGCAAUGCAGACACAAGAAGUGCUAGCUUUCCAGCUACGUCUGCUAAUCACAAGGCUGAGAUAGUUUUCUU